GAAAAUGGUGCGACCUGUGUCAACAACGGGACAAAAUACACUUGCAAAUGUACACCCAGCUACGGUGGUAAAGACUGUACGAAAUUUAAGCCAUGCAGUAUGGCACCGUGUGUAAAUAGUGGAACAUGCUUCGAAACGGGUUCUACUUACAUGUGCAUUUGCUUAACCGGAUACUUCGGAAGGAAUUGCUCUAAAGUUGACCCCUGCAAAAGUGCACCUUGUCUGAACCAUGCAACAUGUACUUCCAAUAUGUUAAAUUACACUUGCCAUUGUCCAACUGGGUUCAAAGGAAAAAAUUGUGAAAUUGCUGAACCAUGUAGCAGCAAUCCAUGUGAAAAUGGUGGAAAAUGCAUAAACCAAGGAUUGAAUUUCACAUGUCGUUGUCCAGCCGGAUAUCGAGGAAAGACUUGUUCAAUAGUUGAUCCUUGUAGCAGCGAUCCAUGUCAAAACGGAGGAUUAUGUGAGAAUCAUGGAUUCAAUUAUACUUGUCGUUGUCUACCUGGAUUUGGAGGGGAAGAUUGUGAAAUUGUUGAUCCAUGCAGCAGUAAUCCCUGCAAAAAUGGCGGAAGUUGCAUAAAUAAUAGAACAUCAUUCACAUGUCACUGUACAUCAGGAUAUAGAGGAAAUACCUGCACAAUUUUCGAUCCCUGUAGUAGUCAUCCGUGUCAAAAUGGCGGAAAAUGUACCAAUGUCGGUUCAAAUUUUACGUGCGAAUGUUUACCUGGAUUCAGAGACGAAGUCUGCUCAACAGCUGAUCCAUGCCGCAUCCGUCCCUGCCAAAACAAUGGUACCUGCAUAGCCCUCAAUACAGGCUUUAGAUGUGAUUGCAAACCGGGUUAUCGUGGAAAUGAUUGUUCAGUAGGUGACCCUUGCCUUAGUCAACCAUGUAAUAAUGGGGCAACAUGUUUGAACAACGGAUCGAAUUUUAGCUGUCAAUGUCCUCCCGGAUUCAAUGGUCCUCGGUGCUCAGUAGUUGAUCCUUGCCACAGUGAUCCAUGCAAGAAUGGAGGCACAUGCCAAAAUGAAGAGUCAAGUUACAGAUGUCUAUGUCCAUCAGGGUUUGGAGGAGAUGACUGUUCAAUAGUGGAUCCAUGUAGCAGCCAACCAUGUCUAAAUGGAGCCUCGUGUAUCAACAACGGUUCAGCCUUUAUUUGUCAAUGUCAACUUGGAUUCAAGGGUCUUCUCUGUACGAUAGUUGAUCCUUGCCACAGUGAUCCAUGCAAAAAUGGAGGGACAUGCCAAGAAGAAGAAUCUAGUUAUAGAUGUCUAUGUCCACCAGGAUUUAAAGAAAAUGACUGUUCAAUAGUUGCUCCAUGCAGUUCCAAUCCUUGCCUAAAUAACGGAAUAUGCGUCGAGGAAGGAUCGGAAUUCACUUGUCAAUGCAUGGCAGGAUUUACAGGAAAAGAUUGUUCCAAAGUUUAUCGUACUUCGGUAAACUCAGAAGAAAGAUCAUUUCCAGUCCUCGACUCUACAGAGUUUUCAGCUCAUUUCGCAGCUAGCUGGACACAACUCACAACAGAGUGGGGUCUAAAAGUGGAAUUUGAUGGAUUUCAUCAAGCGAUCAUAACACUUCCGGCAACAUUUGCAAACAAAUUAACUGGACUUUGUGGUGAUUGUAACGGUUAUCAAGAUGAACUGCACAAAAAGACAGAGCAGGAAAUAUUACACAACCCUACGAAAUUUACAGAUAUUGUGAAAAGUUAUCGAGUUCCAGAUGAAGACGAUACACCUGACACAACAUGCGAAGCUAAUAAAAUCCCAAGCGAAUGUUGUAACGAAAAGACAAUUCAAUGUGAACUAAUUGCAAACAGUUCAGCAUUUGCAACUUGCAGAAUCAAUCAUGGAGUAAAUUUGUUCGAAAAUUUCUUAGAUUCCUGUAAACGAGACAUUUGCAUAUAUGGUGAUGAUGAACCGAGUCUGAAAAUCGCUUUAUGUCGAGUGACUGAAUCAUUGGCAAAAUCUUGUCAAAUGGCAGGCACAAUUGUUAAUUGGAGGCAGAGUUUCAAUUGCACAAAAGUUUGUCCAAAUAAACAAAUCUACAAGAUCCGAACUCCCACUUGCCAACCAACAUGCGUGAAUACUUCACCAAAUUGCACAGCGUAUACCGACGGUUGUGUGUGCGAACCUGAUUAUAUUCUUAGUGGUUCGGAAUGUGUUCCUAAAUCAAAAUGUGGCUGUCAAAUUGAAAAUCGUUAUCUAACGGUGCUGGAAGGUUAUUACUCCUCGGAUUGUCUAAAUAAAACCGAAUGCCAAGAAGGUGGAAAAGUAAUUAUGAAACCGAAAGUUGCCUGUGGUGAACACAGCCAAUGCAGAAUUAAAGAAGGCAAACGUAGCUGUUACUGCGACGACAGAUUCACAUUUUACAAAGGCAAAUGUGAAAUGCUAGGGUUGACAGAUUUCAUUCGUGUACAGAAUGCUAAGUUAGACACGAUACCCAUCUUUACGUAUGUGGUUCCACACCCUAAUUUGUGUGCGAAGAAAUGUCAGGAAUUAAAAGGAUGCAGGGCUUUCAACUAUGACAAUGAACACGAAAUUUGUGAAUUGCUCUCUAAAAACGCGGCUUCAAACAUUGUUUUGAGAUCCAUCGAUUGCGAAAACAGAGAUUAUUAUCAACGUAAAGGCUUUAAAAAUAUCAUUAAAGGAGCAAGUGUCGCCGAAUGCAGCAAACUGGUUGAAUAUCAUGCAAUAAAAACCUUUGCCGAUUGCUCUGCAUUGUGCGUUCUAAAGCAGUGCUUAGCCGAUGAGUUUUCCGAAAGCAAGCAAAUAUGCAAAGUAAUACCAACCAAUAGGCAUAGUUUUGAAUUAUAUGGUAACGAGCCAUGGACCUUUUACGGAAGAAACAUUUAGUCUCCUUUGCUGUGUGGAGGUCAAUUUACCAACCCCGUCAUAUUUUCUUUCUUGCAUAUGUCAACAACAUGUAAUGAUAUUUCCAAAAAUAAAAAUUUACCUCAUUUGACAA